CAGAUUCGGUCUGGCUUUGUCUUACCACUUGUUGGUGCCGGGAUUCCUCUCAAGGUUGGAGUGGAGGGAUGAAACACUCUGUGUGAAAGCCUUGAGUCAACGGGGGGUAGAUGCCGACGCUCGUCGGUGUCCUUUCCUCCUUGGUGGUGUUGCCAAAGAGUUUCUUUCAUCUCCUCCAGUGGAUCAUUGAGGGCCAGAUUUGAGUCGGUCUCAGUAGUUACUGGUGUGUUCAGACCCCUUCCCCAGGAUUCGGUGAGGUGAUGGCAUUGCUAUGCUCUGGGCGAAAUCUUUGUCCCGGUUGCCUGGAACAGGCGAGUACAACAAGUUCUACGGUAGUGGGGUGUACAACUGUGCUGGCUGUGGAACGCCCCUGUACAAAUCCACCACCAAGUUUGACUCCGGCUGUGGCUGGCCAGCCUUCUUCGAAGGGCUUCCAGGAGCUAUACAGCGGACGCCUGACCCUGAUGGUAGGAGGGUAGAGAUCACAUGCACAGCUUGCGGCGGGCAUCUGGGCCAUGUGUUCAAAGGAGAAGGCUUCAAGACGCCUACCGACGAGCGCCACUGCGUGAACAGCGUUUCGAUGAAGUUCACUCCUGCCUCCUGAAUCCUUCUUCCCCAAGUUACCUGGCUGAUCGAACUUGCCAGGUCUGCAACGGUGGAAAGCAAUACACAAUAAUGGAUCCCGUAGUCCUUUUUCUCAAAGCUGUCUGUAUGAACUUCCCUGGUUGGAGAUUGCGGAGAGCAGUACAAAAUAUGGACGAACCUUGCGUGUCUCUGUAGGUGCAUGGUUCUCCUGUCAAAUUGGGCUGUAAGCUUGCAACUUGAAUUGCGUGGAAAUUCAACCCGAUUCAUGCUCCGGUCGUAAGUUAGAACUGAAAGCAUUCUGCAUUUCACAUCAACUGCUUUACCGGCUUAUGUAUCUGAAGAUGGUGUUUUAACAAUUUCUGCAUUGAUGUUUGCUCA